GGCAGAUCGCUGUAGUCUAUCAUAACCAGCACGAUCGGCUAUACUUCUCUCUCACUCGUCGCGCUCGUAUAAAAUGGGCGAUUGCUGGCCUCUGUUGUAACUUCAAACCAGAGCAAAUCAAAAGCAGCAGCACAUCUAUCCAACUACCACCAAAAGCGUCCAACAUGACUACCACCAAGCAAGUCUCCAACACCCGUGUUCUCAUCUCCAAGAUCCCGGAAGGUACCGCUCCUAACAAGAGUCAUUUCAGAACCGUCAAUACGAUUGAGGAGGUGCCUCAGCUCGAGGACGGCGCCAUUUAUGUCAAGAAUUCCAUCCUUUCCUUGGAUCCUUAUAUUAGAUACGAUUUCCCUGAGGGAACAGAGGAAACCGCCGUCGUUGGGUUCGGCAUUGCCAAGGUCAUUAAAUCCAAGAACCCCGCCUUUCCCAUGGGCUCCACGUUCUUUGGCCCUGUACGCUGGGAAACCUAUAGCGUUCUGGACCAGGCUCAGCUGGGCGAGUCGGUCAACUUGGACAAUGGUCUUGAUAAAGAUGUGCCUCUCUCGGUCUACAAUGGCGUCCUAGGUCUCUCUGGAUUCACCGUUUGGGACUCGCUGAACAGGAUCGGAGACCUCAAGGCUGGUGAGACUAUCUACAUCUCCAGCGCCGCAGGAACUCUAGGCCAGCUCGCUGGCCAACUGGCAAGGCGCAAGGGGUUGCGUGUGAUCGGCAGCGCUGGUUCGGACGAGAAGGUCGCUUUCCUUAAGAAUGAACUCGGAUUCGACGCGGCGUUCAAUUACAAGACCCAGGACCGACGCAUUGCCCUCGCAGAUGCUGCAGGACCUCAGGGAGUGGAUGUCUACUACGACCUGAUCUUUGACGACACAAUCGAUAUCGUGCUCGACCUUCUCAACCCUCAUGGUCGAAUUCUCUCUAUCGGAGUACUGGCGUUGCAUCAGGGACAGGAGUUGGCUGCACCCAAGAACUUGGUCAACAUCCUGCUGAAGCAGUUGAGAUAUGAGGGCUAUAUGGUUUAUGAGUACUUUGACCAGUGGGAGGCCUUCUGGAAGGAGGUGAAGCCGUUGGUCAAGAGCGGCGAGAUCAAGUACGCGGAGACUGUGGUGAAGAGUGGGUUGGAUAUCGUUCCAGAGACCUAUGUCCGUCUCUUGCAGGGAGAGUUCAAGGGCAAAGUCAGCGUCCAGAUCGGAGAUAUCUGA